UAUUGAAGAAAUGGCUGGUAUGGAUGUACUUUGCAGUGACAAUACUGGUACACUUACACUUAACAAGCUGAGUGUUGACAAGAACUUGAUUGAGGUCUCUGAAAAGGGUGUGGACAAGGAACAUGUUAUGCUUCUUGCUGCAAGGGCUUCCAGGAUUGAAAACCAGGAUACCAUAGAUGCCGCCAUUGUUGGAACUCUAGCUGAUCCAAAAGAGGCAAGGGCUGGAGUAAGAGAGAUUCAUUUCUUACCAUUCAAUCCCGUGGAUAAGAGAACAACCUUGACUUACAUUGAUAGCAAUGGAAAUUGGCACCGUGCAAGCAAAGGUGCUCCAGAGCAGAUCAUGAACCUGUGUAACCUUAGGGAAGAUGCAAAGCGGAACAUCCAUGCUAUUAUUGACAAGUUUGCAGAGAGAGGUCUUCGUUCUCUUGCUGUUUCUAGACAGGAGGUUCCUGAGAAAACUAAAGAAAGCGCUGGUGGUCCUUGGCAGUUUGUUAGUUUGUUGUCACUGUUUGACCCACCUAGGCAUGACAGUGCUGAAACUAUUCGGAGAGCUCUUCAUCUUGGUGUCAAUGUUAAGAUGAUUACUGGUGAUCAACUUGCCAUAACAAAGGAAACUGGGAAAAGCACAAGCAUUUCAUUGCUACAUAAUCACUUGGAAGUUUUUGUGUUAACAACCAUUCUCGAGUUGACUGGAGAGAUGCAAAGUGAUCUUAUUCAAUCACAAUCCAUUACUUUCCUUGAGAUAUUAUUCAGAUCUGCUCUUCUCUAUAGGUUCAGUGAUCCUAUGACAAUGAAAACCCUCCAGGUUAUAGUAACUCGUCUCAACAAGGGGAGGUUAUCGUAUGAUUUAUAUCUUCAGUUAUUACUUGCUCACUCUCCGUUUGCUCCCAUUCUCCAUUCAGCUCGCAAACCAGCUGGUUCAUUUUUGAAGCCUAUAUCCAGCAUUUUGAAAUGUAUUGCCAUUCCUUUUCUUGACCAUUCAGAAAAUAAUGAGAAGCACAAGGUGCUAACAACCAAGCUCUCUAAAGGACCAUUGGAAAUUGUUAAAUUGCUGUGGAUACUGAUGAUGAAAACUGUUAUAGUGAAUCAAGAACUUCCUCUACUAUUUUCCCCGAUCAAAGCAAGGUUGUAG